AUGUCUACAAUCAAUUCUGCUAAUAUAGAAGAUCCGCUCUUCAAUAAACUGAGCAGAUCAGUAAAGCAAAAUGAAAAAAAUAAUAAUAAAAAAGAUGCUCCGACUGAGCAAGAGAUCCAGCGCGCCGAAGCAGAGCAAAUAAGGCAAUAUGAAGCUUUUAAUGAUAUGAUUGCACGAAAUUCCACGCGCAAAACCACUCUUCAAAGCGUCAAGGUGGUUGGCGGCAACAGCUGUCGCAGCAGUUUUCUUGAAGCCCAGAUCCAGCCACUUCUCGACGCUUCAGGCCAAGACUUGGCCACCGUCAUUGCUGCUUCAGACAAGACUUACAAUGCUCUUAACUCCUUUGGAAUCUUUAAGUCCGUGAAUGUUGGGUUAGACGUUGCUCCCCCAGGACUCUUCUACUCGGCGGCAGGCCCGCAAGACCUGGAUCUUGUAGCAACUGUGACACUGCAGCAAGCCAAGCGGUUCACAGCACGCACAGGUACCGAUCUCGGGAACGGUGAAGGUACAGGUUAUGCUAACUUUGUACUGAGGUCACUUUUUGGCGGUGCUGAAACUCUUUCUUUCGACGCGUCCAUCGGCACCCGUACACGCUCAUCUUACCUUCUCAACUUCACAUCACCACUGCUGAACUCAUCAAUCUGGCGCGGUGAGCUGCUUGCAUUUACUUCUUCAAGACGUAUUCCAUGGGCAGCCCACGAACAAGUCCUCAAGGGCCUUUCUGCUAAAAUUCGGUCGCCACAUGUUGAGGCUGGAUACGAGGCCGUGCUACGUACAAUUACCAGUGUUAACGCUGGCGCCAGUGAUAUGGUGCGCACACUGGCCGGUGACGGUAUAAAGACUUCGCUUUUUUGGAGCAUGAUCCACGAUAAGCGUAACGACAUGCUUAUGCCUUCAUCUGGUUACUACUUCAAGUUUGGCAAUGAGAUUGGUGGUCUGUUGGGACCAGAAUAUGGAGACAAACCCUUUUUAAAAACAACUUUCGAAAGUCAAGUGGCCACCGGUUUUUCUCUUGGGGCUGGAUCUUCUCUCAGUAGUGACGGAAGUCCUAUUGAAAAACUGUUUCAUCAGAAGAAGCUUGCUGGUGGAGUUGCUGACGACAUUAUUAUGCAGUACUCUCUGCGCGGUGGUCUCCUCUACUCUUACAAUGGCCCCUCUCAUUUCAUGGAUCGCUUCUUUCUCGGUGGUGCUAACGACGUCCGCGGCUUUCAGCUGAACGCUAUGGGCCCCCGUCAAGAUCAGGAUUCGCUCGGUGGUGAUGUAUUUGUCGCACAGGGUGCGUCGCUGCUUGCCCGUAUCCCGGGCCUUGCACGCACUAACCCGCUCCGCUUUUUGGCCUUUGUCAAUGGCGGCUCUGUGCUCGAACUCGACAAGAAUGACAUCAAGGGCACACUGCUGGAGGCUGCAACCAAGCCGUCAAUUGCGGCUGGGUUUGGUCUGGCAUACAGACACCCUGUGGCCCGGUUUGAGCUCAACGUGACUCUGCCACUGAUUGCUCGUGAAAGUGAAGGUCUGCGCAAGGGUCUCCAAUUUGGCGUGGGUCUUUCUUUCCUUUAA